CGACUGAAUGCAAAGAUCACCGUCAACAACACAGUUAUGUACGCAAUGGUCGGAACCGUGAACCAGACACAAGUAGCGGAGAAAAACGUCUCAGACACGCUGAUUGGUGCGAUUCAAGUGUUUGGAGGAACAGUACUUGCCAACCGCAUCGAGACCUAUUACGUGACUGGCAGCAGGCAGGUCGUAAGUCCGUUAUCAACCUACGAUCUUGAGAUUAUCAUGCGGGGCAACAACGUCAGCUUGGUCCCCUUCUGGAAGCAAAAUUUAGAUGAUGCGCGGUCCGCAUACAAUGGAACUUGGCAGUUCUACGGCGGCCUUUACAGCCUCACCGAGCCUACAGUGGUGAAUUGCAGCAACUUGCCACCAGAAAGCCUGGUGGUGACGCGGCAGUGGUCAGGCGUCUCGCUGCCGGGCGUAAAGGCCACCUACGUCUGCGACAGAACCCAAUAUGUAAGCCCUCAUGGCAAAGGUAUUUCAACGUGCAGCCAUGAUACCCUGAAAUGGAAUGACCUAGAAGCUGGCAUCACCUGCAAAGAGGGAUGUGAAGCUGAUCCCCCGAGUAGGCCAUUGAACGCCAACUGGACUUGGGACUCGAAAACUUACGACGUGAAUACCAGGGUGGACUACACCUGCUUGCCGGGCUACAGGUCAGGCGAUGGAAGCAACGCCUUCUCGAUCUGCGAUCUGAGCGGCAAGUGGACCGUGCUUCCUCCCACGUACUUCUGCACGGAGCUGCCUUGCCUCGACCCAAUCCCUCAGGUUCCCUCUCAAGCCAUCAGCGACUUCAAGGAGGAGAGGAGAAUUGCCGGGAGCGUCAUCACCUACACAUGCAUCCCUGGCUUCAUAGGUACGGGGAAAAGCGACAUGACCGUGACCUGCUCAAAGGGAAACUGGACGCAGCCCACCAUCAAGAACUGGAACUGCACCAACGUCAACGCCAUCAAUCUUGCCGAGAUGAUCCAAGGCGAGAUGGACAUCCCUGAUCAACUUCUGACCCCUGAUGAGAGGCAGCGAAAAUACGCGAUGAACAACCGUAUUUCUUACUUCUGGUACUGCACCCUCCCUGCCAUGGCUGGAAUGGUUGCCGUGAUGGUCGUCUGCCUAUGCUGCACGCGUACGGACUCUCCGCUCUACAACUUCUGUGGUGGCUAUAAACCUGAUGCUUUCAACUACCAACACUUCAAGAAGAAUUUCAGGAAACAAGGAAACGGGUUCUAACAUCUUGCGGUAAAAAAGAAUUGAAGAAGUCUGAAAAUGACAAAGAAAAAUGCCAUGAAAAGAUUGGACGCCCGCUUAAUUAUUUGACGUUUCAAGUUAGAAUUGAAAAAGUGGUACACAUCGGAUAAGAAGAUGCGAGAAUUUUUCGUUCCAUAAAUUAACUAGUUCGCAAUUUCCCUCCGAUUUACAAUUAAAUCCUUUAAAUUAUACUGUCUUCAGGCAGCUGAGCUUUGGAACUCACUAAAAUGUAUUUUAUCAUAAGGGUGUACAAUUUCUGUCGUUUCAAUCAUUAUGGUCGAUUCUAAUAACCAUAGUUAUAAAACAUUGCGGCCUAAUUUUAUUUAAAACUAUUGUACACCACUUGAAAGUGCACUUUUUAAACGUUCUGAAUGUUUUAUUUCUUAAAUGCCUCCAUUAAUAUAUUAUUAAAUGCAACAAAAGGAAAAUAAAGCAAUUAUCAAUAUUAUUUUUUGUCAACAAACAUAGCAAAAUUAGCCUUACAUGGCCGUUUAUAUAUUAGGACGAGAUAGACGAAUACUUCUCGUGAUGUAAAUUAACCUACCUUAAACAUAUUUUAAUCACUGGAGUAAUCAUUUGAUUUCCGCUUUAAAUUAAAAUUUAGUUUUAUUCUGACUACUAAAUAUUUGGAUUAUUAAUUAAAGCACUAGAUUUUUGACUAGCAUUAAGUCAACGUUAUGGCCUAAUAUACAUGAAAAAUAAGAUGUAAGACACUAGGCUCUUAAUAUACGUGAGUCAGAUGAAAAAAAUAACUACAUGUCAGAUUUAUGGGACACUAACUCAGUAAAAUUAGGGUCAUUGCUAAAAAAAAAAAAGUUGAUUCAUCUGAAAUUUCGAGUCGAGCGUAACGAGAAAUUUUCUCCCUCGUUGCCAUCCCAAAAGCAUAGAAGCACAGCUGACUCGUUAUAAUCUUACCCUCGCACGAGCCAUGAUGUAGAAGUUAGAAUUUAGUCUAUAUAUAUGAAAGAUUGUUGCACGAUAUUGACGAAAUACCUAUUAAAUAUACGGAAACAUAUCCCUUGUUUAUCCAAACUAAACUGAAUAUUAUCAACGUGAAUGUGCAAUUUAUGAAUUACACUUUGAGAUGAAUGAACAAUACAUAAAAUUAAAGAUGAUGUACAAGAUAUGGAAGUAACAUUAUAAUGACCAUAUGAUAGCGUUACAUAUUGAGCGAAGUGUGAACAUUUAUAAAUCUUCUUAUUUAAUAAAUACUUUAGGUAAUGAGGCACUCAAUUUCUCAUUGGAUACCAGCGCUCGAUUUGCUUAUGGGAGGCGCAUUAUAAAUAGAUCAUUACAAUGAAACUAUUACUUGACAUAAAACUGUUGUCUCGUCUAAACGUCGUAACAAAUUAUGAUUAUAUCAUAACAAAAUCUUAGUUAAUAUCGAACACGGCUUUGAAAUAUAUACGUGAGAAACUAUG